UAAACAUUGUAUGAAUGCGUUGAGUGCAAGCAGUAUUGUGAGCAUUUUUUAGACUGUACCAAAUGAGCAGAUUGGACAUCAGAAAAAAUCUAUUUUUAGUCAUCAAUUGACAAUUUUCUGUCUUUAUUCAUAAAAUUUUACAUUUUGAAUGAAUACCAAGUAGGAGAUGAGCUGUUACAAUUAUUCUGUGAAAAUUAUAUACAUGUAUUUUGCUUCAAAUUUAUUUCACAUCAUGAGCACUACUUGAACAACUGCUAUGCUUAGUAUGAAAAAGAUUUCGCUUUUCAAAUGGAAUAAUUCUUUCCAAACCCAAGGUGCUCUUAUUAUAAACACCUAUUAUAAAAAACAAGGUUUAAAUAAAUCAUUUUGCCAAGUUCCAGGUAUAAAUUUUUCUUAGAUGUCUGAUUAUGGGCCAAAAUUGAUUUAUUAUGAGAUUAAGCAAUUUUUAGAUUUUAAUAAACAGUAAUUUUCAAUGGUGAUGAGCUCCUUUUAACGAAUUUGGGGUAAAUUGUAAGUGCUUUGGCACAUUUGGAACAAAACCAUGCUCUAUCAAUUAAAAAGAUGCACUCCCUGAUUAAAAAGAUGCACUCCCAAAGUUGGAAGUAUUACUACCCUGAUCAAAUGAAAGAAUUUCUGUUUGAAAUGGAAUAUUUCAUUCGCAAGUGCUCCUAAUUGAAUAAUUGUGUAUUUAAACAAUAAUAUGGAGCUAAAUCUACCAGUCUGUCAAUUAUUUAAAAGAUGUGCUUGCACGUAGGCGCAAAAUAAAUCAUUGAAUAUUUCUUCCCACUGGUUGAUGGAUUAUUUUCAUCCGGACAAGCUCCUAAUGUAGUAGGAAGAAAUGAGACGAAAUAGAACUCCAAUAUAUAGUAAUCUUCACCAUAACAAAAGAAGGCCUAACUUACAGCACGUGUAAACUCAGAUAGAAUCUAGCUAUAAUCUAUGCGGAUAUUUAAUACGAUUGUUCAAAUGGGGUAACACUAACUUUGAAGGCUUUUUACGAGUUAACGGAACAUCGUUUUAUGAUGGAACCAAAACGUUUUAUGGUAGAUUUUAUAAUUCUUGGUCUUUAAAUUUAUUCUACAAAGUUUGUUAAAACACGAUUUCUAAUUUUUUGACAGCCAAUCAAAAGGCGAUAGUGUCCAAACAGUGAUUUGGUACAGUCUAAAAAAUGCUCAUUAAUCUAUUACGACCCUGCGAGAAUAAACCAAACGUAUUGCUUUUUUUCUUAAGCACGGAAAGCUACUUUUCUGAUUCCUGAUUUCUACUCUUGGUCUAAAGGUGUUGAAACAGAACGCCUGGAGUAGCCAUAAGCAACAUGUGGAUACAACAUGUUGUUUUGCAACAAAUCUGCCUUCUUUGCCUCCUUCAAGUGUUAUUUUGUGCAGAGAUCAUCCGCAUAUGGACAUAAUCUGACUGCAAAUUUCAUCACGUUUGUGCGGGAAGGUGAACAUUUGGAAGCAACAAUAAAGUCAUAAUGACAGAUGUAUUGCAGCUGUUGGUGACACUGCAAAUUUUCAGCCUUCCCUUUGUUUGCAUUUUUUAUUAAAAUGCUGAAUAACGAGUCCGAUGCUUCAGUUUACAUGAAAACAUUGACCUUAAGCUGUUUCAGGCUCUAAGAAAUUCGUUCUUGUUGCUAUUAAUUACUUUCUGUAGAAUCGCUCAAUCACACAUUGACUAGAAUUGUCUUCCUGAAAUGUCAUUAAACGGUACCAAUCAAUCUGGAGUUGUGUUUAACUGUCAUGGGUUGCAGUUUCUCGAGUUCAAGAUAUCCACAGCUUACUUUUAUACCUUAGUGUUUGCAUCAGUCAUUAAUUCCUUAAUCGGUGUUGCUUCUACCGUGUCGAAUUCGUUGGUGAUUUUUGUAAUAUUCAAAGACAAGCAACUUCGUACCAAAACGAACCAACUGCUGACGUUGCUCGCGAUCACUGAUGUUCUUGUUGGGACAGUAGUUAUUCCACUUUGGCUUGUCAAUCGUAUUAAUGCCUUUCACGAUAUACAUCCAUGCGGGCUUCAAAUGGCCCAUUCCUUCUUUGCAUACCUCCUAUGUGGUUGGUCUGGAUUUGGCGUUUGCGCAAUCAGUAUUGAUCGAUUUGUCGCCACCAACCACUCCGUUAUGUACAGAAGACCGGCAUAUCAUCGCAAUAAAACGAAAAUUCUCUUUUUCUCAUGGACCAUGUGGCUGUUAUUUCUCUCCUUGCCGUUUUCCAGACUGAUCGGUUUCAAAGUCUUCAAUUUAAUUGUUUCUUCUGUCAUUUUCAUGUUUCUUGGAGUUGUCGGCGUUUGUUAUUUCAAAGUUAUCCAGAAAUUGAAGAAUAAUGCUCGAAAAGUGAUUGGAAACGAAGUUUCAUCUAAAACAAAAACUUUUACACAGCAAACAUCACAUAUUGCAGUCAAAAAGAAGACCACAAUUUCAGCUCUUGUCACUUUGGCGUUUUUCAUAUCUAUGUGCCCGAGAUUCAUCAUGAUUUUGGUCCUGUCUAUCAUUGGAAGGGACUUUGAUAAGGUUGUCAUAUCAGGGAUGUGCACGGAGAUCUUCAUAUAUCUCAACAGUGCUGUCAAUCCGAUUCUCUAUAUCUGGAGGCUACCUGAUGUCAGAAGAGCAGUUGUGUCACUUUUUCAACGCUUACAUCCUAACUCUUGCGAUUUUCACCAGGUAAUCAAAAUGAGAUCAAACGGCACAAAUCUUUCGGGUGUAACACUUGUUUGCUACGGGUUGCAGUUUAUCGAAUAUAAGGCAACGGAUUUAUCAAGAUAUGUUUUAUUUGCAACCUUAGUUUCCAAUAUAAUAAUCGGUAUUGUUUCUGUCAUGUCGAAUUCGUUGGUGAUUUUUGUAAUAUUCAAAGACAAGGAACUUCGUACCAAAACGAACCAACUGCUGACGUUGCUUGCGAUCACUGAUGUUCUUGUUGGGACAGUAGUUAUUCCACUUUGGCUUGUCAAUCGUAUCAAUGCCUUACACAAUAUACAUUCAUGCAAGUUUCAAAUGGCCCAUUCCUUCUUUGCAUACCUCCUAUGUGGUUGGUCUGGAUUUGGCGUUUGCACAAUAAGUAUUGAUCGAUACGUCGCCACCAAUCGUUGUGUUAUGUACAGGAGACAAUCGUACCAUCGCAAGAAAAUGAGAUUGCUACUUGGUUUAUGGGUUGUGUGGCUCUUCUUUCUGCCGUUGCCGUUCUCAAGAUUACUUGGUUUCAAAAUGUUCAUGUUGAUUGUCUCCUUCAUAAUGGUCAUAUUGCUUGGAGUUGUCGGCGUUUGUUAUUUCAAAGUUAUCCAGAAAUUGAAAAAGAAUGCUAGAAAAGUGAUUGGAAACGGAGUUUCAUCUAUAACAAAAACUUUUACUCAGACAACAUCACAUAUUGCAGUCAAAAAGAAGACUACAAUUUCAGCUCUUGUCACUUUGGCGUUUUUCUUAUCUUUGUGCCCGAGAUUCAUCAUGAUUUUGGUCCUGUCUAUCAUCGGAAGGGACUUUGAUAAGGUUGUCAUAUCAGGGAUGUGCACGGAGAUCUUCAUAUAUCUCAACAGUGCUGUCAAUCCGAUUCUCUAUAUCUGGAGGCUACCUGAUGUUAGAGAAGCUGUUAUGUUGACAUUUCAAAACAUUAGAAGAAACACUUUGCAUCAUGCUAACUGAUGACAUUUUGUUGGCACCUUUUGUGUUUGCAUCGAACUGGUAUCGAUGUUCUACUUGGAAAUCACAUGUCUCUGUUCACAAGGAGUUUUUCCCAGUGUCAUAAUGAUUGAUACAUCGUGACUGACUGCAUCGAAAGCCUUUUUUGAUCAGCAAAUAGGACAUGCGUAUUUAGAGGACGCUAAUCAAAGUUACUUUGUCAAGAAUCGAUGACAUUUAAAAUUGAGAUUGUUAAGCUUAUUUCUAGUCCACCUGCUAAACAUCCCUGAAGUUCAGUAAGUCGCUGAUAGAAUUGAAAUUGUUAUGUAUUCUGCACUUUGGCGUUGCACGUUCUAUUUUCAAAUUUUGGGACAAUCUUUGAUUUAGGAAGAUAUUUAGUAUUUGGGCAAAAACUGGCUUUUCAAUAUCGUGUACCAAAUCUUCAUAAUUAUCAAGGUGGAAGGGGCUUCGCUAUGACCAGAUGCUAUUCAUCAAUAUCUUCUCAUAGCUGAGUGAACGGCCCGUGAACAUCGUCUUCGUCCCUCUGUUUUGCCAAUUUCUAGUUUUAGGUUUUGGUUCUUUAGGUUUUUGUUCUUUAAGUGUUUUCCUUAUUUAUAUUAUAACUAGUAUUAACAAGAACCAACAUAAGUUGUGCAUGCUAAGUGCCUUUUUACAUGGAGUAGUUCACAUGGCAUUUUCCCGGUAAAGCGGGAAUACCGCCAAGCCGCAAUAUACGCAUUGUAACCGCUUUACUACACAAAAUAGCAAAGCGUUCACACGUGAAAACAUUUCCCGGCUAGCCGAGAUCUCGAUUGAGCACUACCAGGAUGCCACCUAGACGUAGACGAGGAAAUAUUUUACCAUAUCAACCGACUUUGCCUGUGUAAUAUGCGUUUUGGUACCUUAUGCAAAAAUGUAACAUUGUGAAACGCAAUGUAUUUCAAAUCAUUUGAUUCCAUCGCAGUGCGAUGUUUUGACACGUUAUGAGUAAUGAAUUGACCAAAAUGCUUUUCAAGUUCAAAAUUUCACACUUGUCAAUCACGCAAACUUUGGAGUUGCCAUUAAUGUUGUACUUUUUGCAUAUACUUAACAAGAAAAAUUACAGUCCAUCGUAUGCACAUGCGCAUUAGGUUGAAGAUUUGUUGACAAAAUUCGCAUCUUUAAUGCGUUUAACAGUAUUCAAUUCAAACUUUCGAUGUACAUAACCGCUUUUCUCCCUCUUCUCAUGACACCCUUGUCUCUAAAUUUUCAUCGUCUUGAUUCGAGCAUUGCUUAUUCUAAUAAGCACCCCAAAUGCUUCUACCAUCAAAUACAUUAGACGUAACAUUGUUGCUUUUAACUGUGCACGUGCAAAGCAAGUGAUGCAAAUCUUUGAAAGCCAACAUACCUUCGAACAGAUGCUGGACCUUUGCACUCAUAAUCUCCCCAACAAUUAUGUUUUGCUUGCAAAUUUUUCAUUAGUUGAUCUUGUGAACGCCAUGUUUUCCUUGCUCUGAAUCCAAUUUUAGCAAGGUUUUCAAGUCACAUUUCUGUCAAUCACAGACCAAGACAAAUCCCAUCUUUACAUCUUUACAAGACACAACCACUUUACGUCACUUCCUGUCAAACUCGACCCAAUCCCUUGUGACAGAAUUUGAAGCAAAAAAUCGACCUUGAAACAGCUGUAAUUACGAAAGUGUUUGUUUUUCGAAAAUUUUAUGGUGAUUUUCAUGAUCAGCAAACUCGAUUACGUCUUAGAGGCGAAUAAAAAUUUUCGUGUCAUAUGCACUUUAAGAAGUAACUGAAUCAGUGAUGGAAACUACAGAGCCUCCAGAAUUUAAAACCCCUAAUUCAAUAAAAUUUGCUAUGAUUCUUUCAGUUACUCACCCCUCUCUCAUUUUAUUCAUGGCAACGGAGUACAUUUUAGGUUGAAACAGGCAGAAAUUGACCAAAAAGGUUGGUCAAUGGUUUCAAAACAGAAGGCGAAAAUGAGUGAAUAAAAUCUUUUAAAUCGUUAACAUUCUCCACAUUGAAAAACGUGAACAUGCAUUCAACAACGGAAGGAGUUUUAAAAAGCAGCUGCUUCAAAGUACAUAUCCUUAAGUAAACUUUAGAAAACAUAAUCUACAUUUUAUUAUCAUUUCAUC